CCUCAGACCGGUCUUGUCGAGCUCAGCACCGUCGACAAGAUGCCUACCCGUUUCUCGAAGACAAGGAAAGCCCGCGGUCAUGUUUCGGCCGGUUACGGUCGAAUUGGCAAGCACCGUAAGCACCCCGGUGGUCGUGGUAUGGCCGGUGGUCAGCACCACCACCGCACCAACCUCGACAAGUACCACCCCGGUUACUUCGGUAAGGUCGGUAUGAGGUACUUCCACAAGACCCAGCAGCAGUUCUGGAAGCCCACUAUCAACCUUGACAAGCUGUGGUCUCUCGUCCCCGCCGAGAAGCGUGAUGCCUACCUGAGCGGCCAGAAGACCGACACCGCCCCCGUCAUCGACCUCCUUCCCCUCGGCUAUUCCAAGGUUCUCGGCAAGGGCCGUCUCCCCGAGGUCCCCAUCGUCGUCCGCGCUCGCUACUUCAGCCGGGAUGCUGAGGAGAAGAUCAAGGCUGCCGGUGGUGUUGUUGAGCUCGUUGCUUAAGUGUGGAAAGUCUGGGAUUUCACUUGGAGGAUGAAAAACCGGGACAGGUGCUGCGCUGGCUACGAUUCGGUGUAAUAGAGAUUCGAAUUCUCCCCGGGGAAUGAGAAAACAAAAAAUGGGAGCCGCGGAUCGGGCACCUUGAUCCGUGUAUUUACAAAUUCAAAAGGGUUUCUAUUUGUGACGAGCAAAGAAUGGCCUCCGGAUGCCCUUGCGAUCACGCUCUAUUAUUGAACAAUACCAUAAAGGAGGACAA